AUGGUUUCUGUUAUCCGCUUUCUUACCUCCAGAGGUUUGGCAUUUCAUGGGGAAAAUCAAAUUAUUGGCUCCUCAAAAAAUGAAAACUUUCUUGGCAUUCUAGAACUAUUGAGUGAAUUUGACCCUUUUUUGGAAGAACAUUUAAAAGUGUAUGGAAAUACUGGAAAGGGGAACCCAUCAUAUCUAUCGGCAAACAUUUGUGAAGAAUUUAUUGAAAUAAUGGGACAACGGGUAUUUUGUGCAAUUCUGGAAGAAAUCAAAAAGUCAAAGUAUUAUUCAAUAAGUGUUGAUUCCAAUCCAGACAUCUCGCAUAUUGAUCAACUGAUAUUUACUGUUCAGUACAUUCGUGGAAGUGAGCCGGUGGAACGUUUCCUCAAAUUCAUCCCCAUCUUUUCUCACGGGGCGAAGAAUUUAGCAGACACGGUUGUAGAGUUCCUGCAAGAGAACAACAUUCUGUUAUCAAACUACCGUGGUCAGUCUUAUGACAAUGCUUCAAAUAUGUCAGCACGCUACACUGGAUUGCAAGCACGGAUCCGUGAACUAAAUGAAUUUGCUAUCUAUAUUCCUGGUGCUGGACACAGUCUGAACUUGGUGGGAGUUAAAGCGGCAGAGUGUGGUCCACAGAUCGUCUCCUUCUUUGACUUUGUUCAGCGUUUGUAUUCCUUUUUCUCGACUUCCACACAUCGCUGGAAUGUUCUGACGUCAUCCUUAGGAAAAAAAUCAUAUUGUGGUCAAGUGUCUCUCUGA